AGGUGCCGCUGCUGGGGCCCGCAGGGGCGGGCUGGAGCCAGAGCGGCUCCAGCCUGCGCGAUCCGCAGCCGCCGGUGCGGCUGCAGCGCGGAGCCGCGAGCAGCUGCCCGGCACGCGGUGCGGGAGGCGCGGGGAAUCCUCGCUGCAGCCUGGCUCGCGAGCUGCCCCCCGCGGAGCGAGGGUCACGGACCCGUGGCGAGAAGCCGGCUGCGGCGCUCGGUCCGAGGCGCUGUUGUUUCCAGUGCGGGCCAUCGCCUCUGUGGCAGGGACGUGUGCCCGUGAAGUUCAUUCAAUGGACUUGCCACCGCUCAACCCCGUUAGAGCUGGCCGCUGACUGCCUGGACACGUUUGGUCCCUUCUGUUUGUGACCUGUCGGCAAACCGGCUUGCUUCUCAAGGCCCUUCCUUGUUCCCACCGGCCUGGCUUCAGCCAGCAGUGCCUGGUAGUGCAGGAAAGAGCUUGCAGAGACAUGGAUACGAACUUCUCCUACCUAAAUUGAAACAGUAGGACAGCCUCAGGCUUAUGCUUCUACUCUUCUCAAAGCUUGCAUUCGGACAAUGAAAAAACAAGUCCGUUAUUAGGGUGAACGGUAUACAUAUCACGACAUCUAACCUGUCACUGGAGAUCUAUUCCAUAGCAACCAAUAAGCAAGUGUGAAACAUGAGGACAAAUCCCGCCAUUCAAGCUGCCAUUGACCUCACAGCAGGUGCAGCAGGUGGGACUGCAUGUGUGCUAACUGGCCAGCCCUUUGAUACAGCUAAGGUGAAGAUGCAGACGUUUCCCAGCAUGUAUAAAGGACUCAUUGAAUGUAUUGUGAAGACAUAUAAACAAGUUGGAUUGCGAGGGUUCUACAAAGGGACCACCCCGGCACUUGUAGCCAACAUAGCAGAAAACUCAGUCCUAUUCAUGUGCUAUGGGUUUUGCCAGCAGAUUGUGAGGGGCAUUGUUGGAUUAGACAGGAAGGCAAAACUGAGUGAUCUGCAGAAUGCAGCUUCAGGCUCUUUUGCUUCUGCAUUUGCUGCCCUGGUCCUAUGUCCCACAGAGCUGGUGAAGUGUCGGUUGCAGACCAUGCAUGAAAUGCAAUUAUCUGGAAAGAUAGCACAAGGACACAAUACAGUUUGGUCAGUAAUGAAAAGUGUUAUUCAAAAGGAUGGCCCACUCGGGUUCUACCAUGGUCUGUCAAGCACUUUACUUCGGGAAGUCCCAGGUUAUUUCUUCUUCUUUGGAGGCUAUGAACUGAGUCGGACAUUUUUUGCAGCGGAGAGACCAAAAGAUCAACUAGGCCCUAUUCCUUUGAUGGUGAGUGGUGGUUUUGGAGGCAUCUGCUUGUGGAUUGCUGUUUAUCCUGUGGACUGUGUCAAAUCUAGAAUUCAGGUUCUUUCCAUGUCUGGAAAACAGGCGGGCUUCAUGGGAACAUUUGCAAAUAUUUUGCGAAAUGAAGGAGUAUUUGCUUUGUAUUCUGGACUAAAGCCUACUUUAAUUCGUGCAUUCCCAGCCAAUGGUGCACUAUUCCUUGCCUAUGAGUACAGCCGCAAGAUGAUGAUGGAACAGGUUGACAUGUACUGAAAUCUUCCAGCAGCAGGUUUAGGUUAACCUUUUUAAAAAGAACUGUAGGGCUUGAAUGGAUACAAAACCAAUAGGAUGACAUCAUGAUUUGAGAAACUCAGUCAAUUUAGGAUUUUAAAAAAUCUUUUUAAAGUAAAUGGUUUUGUAGACCUUGUAUUUGUUUUUACAGGUUUGUUUUUUUUUUUAAGGGAGGAUGGAGACGUGUUAACGUUCUUUCCACCUAUUGUGCUGCUCAAGAGAUAUAAUUAUGUUGCCCUGAUGGAAGCGGUACUCAGUGUAAAGGGCAGUGAUCUUUCAGUUAAGAGAGUUAAUCUCAAAUUUUAAAAAUCUAGUUCUGUAACAGCCAUGGUACAAGAAGCCUGAAUUUCCCUUUUUCAUUGUUAGCAAACGCAACUGAUUCAAGGCCACACGGCACUGGUGCAUUAGUAAAAGUAGUGCUACUCUUUUCAUUAUCAAUUUUAGGGCUUGUCUACCCAGGGAGUUACUCUUGAAUAGUUUCAUCUGUGGAUACUCUUAUUCUGGAAUAAAUCUCAUUCCAAAUUAUUUUAAUCCACUUUAGACAGCCUAUCAGGAAUAGUCAGUCUGCUCUAAAUUCACACCGUACGUUAUUUUGGAUUCACUUUCAUGUGUAGGUGAGCCCUUAGUAAGAGUAUUCAAUGGAAACAGUAAGCUGCUUACAUUUUACAGCCGUUUCACCUCUUUGUAAGAGACUGUUAGACUACUGUUUCUUCAAGUACUUUAAUACACAAGGAAAGGUAGAAGAGGGAGGUUUAGUUUCCUGAAGUGUUUAGUUUAAGCAAUGCAUGGCUAAUACUUACACUAUUUUAGUAGUGUUAAAAUUGUACAAAUUCAUUAACUCUGCCUUCAGUAGUUUCACCAGUAAUGUGAAAACAUUAAAGUAACUGGAGCAGAA